UUCUUGGCUGGAAGUCCACUCGUGAGCGUAGUGACUCAUGGAGCUUAGGCAUAAGAAAAACUGGGUCUUGGAAACCAUCUCUGAGAAAGAGCACUUGUCCAGAGACUCUUCUUUGAAGUCUUCCAAGACCUCGCUACCCAGUCUACCUAAGAUAAGAAAGGGGAAAAAACUGAUCUCCCAUCCAUUCCUUUGGAACUUCGAAGAUCAGUACUCGGACACCCGACAUGUGGUUCAGCACCCCUUCGGAACAGGAGAAGAGAAGAAGAUCUUUCCUCACUUCCAUCCGCACAACCUUUUGGGAAACAAGUUUCUCCCCCUUAGAGGAGCACCCCACAGAGGGCCUGGGUGUUACACAACAGAUACUAGGUAUGACUGGGUAUACAACCUCUCCAAAAUCCCGACCAGUAAAAAAGGAUAUACUUUGGGAGCCAGAACAGCCAUGAGGUUUAAGCCAAAUAAGGAUCUGACACCUCACCCAGCCACGUACCAGACAAUAAAACUUCAGGAGGGAAAACAAAAACAAAGUUUUGCUCCAUUUAAUGUCAUGUUGCCUCGAUUUGUGACACACUCAAGGGACAUGAGUUAUCCUGGCCCUGACAUGUACAACCCAGUGAUAAAGCCACCCCCAAAAGUCACCUGGCCAAUGAAAUUUGGAUCUCCAGACUGGGAUCAGAUUCCAUGUCUGCGGAAGAGGACCCUAAAAGCUGAGCUGCCCAGCGACAAGGACUUCAGAAGAUACCGGAACCGCAUGGCCUACUUGAGCCUGUUCUACAGUUCAGAAGCUGGGUCUUCCUUCACAUGCUCCUCCUGACCACAGCAUCUCCCCGAUGGAGGACGGAGCUGCUCCUCUCCCUCGGCCCCGUGUGGUCCUCUCCUCGGCCAGCAUGGGGCCCAGGGAGGGGCGAGGGGCCCCUAGGUACCACGUGAGGGCAUAAAGGCCAGUUUCUUCCUGUA